AUGAGCCCGGAGCUGUCCCUCCUGUGCCACCCAUCCCCAAGCACGUUUCACACACUGCCCCAGCUCCAGAUCCUCCCCCUGCAUGAGCACAGGACAAGCUUUUACCACACAUCCCCUAAACCUGAUUUCCCUCCCAAAACUCCUCCUCUGGCUCACAGCUGGCAACACAAAGCUCAGGUAACUUUCUCUUCUCCCCCUGUAGCAUCCAUAGCCUCCACGGACAUGGGGCUGCUGCUGCAAGAUGAUGUUUUUGUUGACUUUUUCAACAUCUUUCUGAACCUUCCUGUUUUUGGGCAGACACCCCUUUACAUCAGCGGCACGGGCCGGUGGUGCCUGUGGCCAGAGCUGCCGAGCCACCUGGAUGCCAGCCCCGCGGCUUUGCUGGCUUGGUUGGAAAAGCAGCGGCUGCCUCACUUCUGCAAAUCCAGCCUGUGCCUGCACCUGGUGCUGUGCCAGAGGCUGCUGGCUUUCAUUCGCUCGGGGGAAGCAGCAGAGCUCCUGAACUGGCAGAGUGCUGACCAGUGGCUGCUGGAGAGGUGCAUCAGCGGGAGCCAGGGCAUGCAGCACUUCUGUGCCUUCCUCCGAGGAACAGCAGGGGAAGAGCUGAUCGACUUCUGGCUCAUCACUGAAAGGCUCCUGGGUCUGGACGAGUCAGAUGAGAGCCAGAGGGAGCUGUUCUUGUCCCUGGUGCACAGGCUGAGAGCCACUCACCUGCGUGAAGGCUCCAGCGUCAUCACCUUCUGCACCACCAUCGUGGGAUCUCUUCCGAAAGCCAAGCACAUCCAGUCCAUCAGCACCAGGAGGGAGAUCCUAAGCGAGAUGCAGGAACAGGUCCUUUUUAUGAUUCAGAGUUACUGGCUCCCUAAAUUCUUUGUGCACUGCAAGAUGGGAAUGGAGGAAGAGGAAUCGUGCUGGCCUUUGCUCCAGGAAUAUCAGGAACGUUUAUCACGGGCUGGCUGGCAGCAGCCCCCAGGCCCUUCAGAGCCCCUCCCCACGAUGCACAUCAAAAGGAGCCAGGGUGUGCCAGGGCCCUACUGCAGCCAGAAGGCCAAAGCAGAGGUCUGGGCUCUGGUCAAGGAGGGCAGAGACACCCAAGAAUUGAAAAUGGCCACUUUUCGGGUGAAAAGUGCCGGGAGCAGGGAGGAAUUGUGUCUGGAUAAAGAUGCUCUGGGAUCGAUUCCCCAGCAGUCACAGCAUUCUGCCUUUGGAGGCAGAGGAGGAGCAGCAUUUCCUGGCAGACCUCAGUCCAGUGCAGAGCAGGAUGUAGAAAACGUCUGUCAGGAGAAAAUCCUCUCUGACCUGCUUCCCUCUGCAUCCCUUGUUCGGCUGCCAUCCCUGAAAAAGCCAGUCAAGACCUUGGAUUUCCUUUCCUGGGCUCUGAGUGCCGAGGCCUGUGCAGGAAGACCCUUCAGAGAUUUCCUGCAGCACCAGAACCGGCCCAUGGAGACUCAUCUCCUGGACCUGUGGCAAGACCUGGAGGAGUUUCUGCCCGUGGUGCUGGACUCCAACAGAGAAAACAACUUUUUCCUGCGCCAUUUGAUUGGGGAAAAGAUCUGCAAGACCUACCUGGAGGACAGCAGCAUUGAGAAGCUCCCCUUGGAGUCCAGAACUCUUGUCAGUUUGUGGAACCAUCUGAUAUGUGGAGAAUUCUCCCCCUGGAUAUUCAGAACCCAGAAAGAGAUUUGCGAGGUGCUCUGUGGCCUCUAUGAGGAAUUUCUAGCUGCUGAUGACAGGACAUUCCUCCAGUUUAUGGCUCCAGGCAUGGAUGUCCCCACAGCCGAGGUGCCAGGCCGUGCUGCUGGCAGAUGGGGACAUUUCCACCUGUCCCAGAGGAUGAACCAGUCCCUGCAGCUGAGCCAGGCCUUGCAAGGCACGAGGAGCUUGGGGGGAGUCUCCUCCAAGCACUGGCAACUGCUUGCUGCUCAGGACCUGCAGAAAGGGGGUUCCAUCCAGGCAGAGAUGGAGCUGCUCCUGGGCAGUGCUGAAUUCCAGAGGAUGAUAGCAGAUGAGCUGGCUGUGGGCAGCCCAAGCAAGGAAGAGGAGCUUCUGCAGCUCAUGAGUGCAGCACUCGGUGAGUCCAGGCAGGAGGCCAGGUGGGCUCCCAGACAUCCAUCACCCCUGGGGAGCUUCUGCAGAAGGAAAGGCCUAUCCACCCCCCACAGGCUGUGCUCUGGGGCAUUAACCCAGCCAGGGAGGGUGGCAGUGGGGGAUUUCUCUGAAGCAGAUGCUGAGGAGGUCAAACCAUGGGAGGAGAAACAGACAGAGAAGCAGAAAAAGACAGAGAAGAAGAAAAAGACAGAAAAGCAGAAAAAGACAGAGAAGAAGAAAAAACAGAAGCAGAAGAGGAAGGAACAGCAGCAGCAGGAGGAUUUGUUGCCCUGGAGCAAAAAGCCCAGGUCUAGGCGUCCUCAGCUUGUGAAGGAAGGGCCAGAGGACCUCAAGACACCGAGGAUGGGAUGGGCCUGGGAUGCCAUCCGGGAGCUCGUCAGGAGCUUCUGCAAGUUCCAGAGGGACAUGAAGAAUCACACACGGCGUGCAGAAUUUGAGGAGUUUCUCCGACAGGAGCGAAGAAACAAGAGGGAAAAUUUGCCUGUCAAGGAGAAGAAGAGCAAAAGUCCUGCCAAGAGCCCCCGCAAGGACAAGGGCAAGGGCAAGGGGAAGGGCAAAGGGCAGGUGCAGAAGGUGACGCUGGUCAAACGCCGCAUUUUGGACAAACAGCUCAUCGUCGUCAGCUUCCUCGUCGACGACCUCCGCUUUUACCUGGAGAUGGACAAGUUUUCCAGGCUGGCUGACUGCCUGGAAGCUACGCCACCCUGCAACAUGCAGUCAGAAAAGCACAGUUCCUUUCUCAAGAAGAAACUUGACGUCAUCAGCAAAGUUUUCCUGAACUCUGACAUCCCCCCCAAGCUGCGGGUCAACAUCUCUGAGAAGGAGAGGGAUUUAAUCUGGCGUUCAUCUUCCAAGGGGCCGCUGACCCGGGCCAUCUACCACAACGCCAAGGUCACCCUCUUCCCCAUCCUGAUGUACUUCUGGAGAAGGUUCUGCACCUGGAAGGUGAUGAGGAGCUUUCGGGCCUACCAGCAGGUCAUGAGCUCCAGCACCCAUCAGGAGGAACAGAGCUUUCAGCUCACCAAGGAGGACAGGAGCUCCCGGGUCCAGCAGGAGAGGAGCUCUCAGCAGCCCAAGGGGACCAGGAGCUCCCAAAUCCAGCAGGAGAGGAGCUCUCAGGAGCCCAAGGGGAGCAGGAGAUCCCAGGUCCAACAGCAGGAGAGGAGCUCUCAGGAGCCCAAGGGGAGCAGGAGAUCCCAGGUCCAACAGCAGGAGAGGAGCUCUCAGGAGCCCAAGGGAGGCAGGAGCUCCCGGGGCCGCAAGGAGGGCAGGGUUCCAGCCUCUUCACCUCCUGCAAAAAGCCCCUCCAAAGCACCCAAGACCUCCGGGCCCACGAAGAUGGUGGCCAUUCCCUCUACUACACAUUAUAGUCCAGGUAAAAAGGCUGUCCUUACCUACACGCUGUCAGAAGGCCUCGAGUUCCUGCUGCCACGGCCACCAAAGAAAACUGAGCCUCCAGAGGAGAAAAAAGCUGCAGAUCCCAGUGGGGAGAAGAGGCCCUCGCUCAGUGAGCCUGCCCCACAGGCUGGGACCUAAGGGAAGCUCAGCCCUCCCAAAACAACACCCACACAGGUGUGAUCCAAGGAAGCUGAGCAGCCUGGACAUCGGGAAUUGCUUGCACUCAGCAAUAAGAAACCUAAAAAUAAAACAACUCACAGCA